CAGAUACAACUGGAAAAAAACCAGUUCAAGCUCUAUCUGGUCCAGGUGAACUGUAGGGGAGGGGACGGGAGACGAAAAGGUGAGCAAGGAGCUGUAGAGACUGCAAGGUGCAUUCACUGGGGAAGGAACUGGUCAGGAGGCUCCAGAGAAAAGCUGAACCUGCAGAUCAAGACGAAAGCCGGAGCAGCAGAGUAAAUGCUCAUCGCCUAGACUAUCCAGAGGACAAGGAGCUCAGGAUGUCUUCAGAGGAGAAAAAGGCGAAGGAGGGACUCAUUGAGUUUUAUUCCUCAUACCGGGAACUCUUUGAGUUCUUUUGCAGCAAUACGACCAUUCAUGGUGCCAUCCGUCUGGUAUGUUCCCGAAACAACCGCAUGAAAACCGCUUUUUGGCUCGUCUUGUUUCUGGCCACCUUCGGGCUGAUGUACUGGCAGUUUGGACUUCUCUUCGGACAGUACUUCAGUUACCCAGUGCGCAUCAACGUAAACGUCAAUUCAGACAAGUUACUUUACCCGGCUGUGACUGUGUGCACCCUGAACCCCUACAGAUACCAGGCUAUCCAGAAUGACCUAGACAAACUGGAUAGGGCCACACACGAGACUCUUUUAACCCUAUAUGGGUAUAAUUAUACUAAUGAACAUGGAAGGACCAAUACGAAUAGGAGGAGGCGUGAAGCCGAAGCACCUCUUCCUUACCCUCUUGAAAAGAUACCCGUUGGAGGAGAAAUACUUCAUAGGCGCGCCCGAAGUUUGGACAACAGUGAAAAUGAAACAAUGGAAGUCAAACGACAGGACUGGAACUUCGGUUUUAAACUGUGUAAUGAUACAGGAGGAGACUGUUACUACAAGACUUACAGCUCAGGAGUAGACGCCAUUCGGGAAUGGUAUCGUUUUCAAUAUAUUAAUAUCCUGGCUAGAGUUCCUAAAACAGAUAACACCAAUGGGGAGCAAUUGGAGAACUUCAUAUUUUCCUGCAGAUUUAAUGAGGAGCCCUGCCUGACCGACGGGAAUUACUCACACUUUCACCAUCCGAUCUAUGGAAACUGCUACACAUUCAAUCACAAUCGUCCUGAAAGUGAAACAUGGAACUCUUCUAUGCCGGGCAUGAAAAAUGGAUUAAGUCUUGUCCUGCACAUAGAGCAGCAUGAUUAUAUUCCAUUACUAUCAACUGUGGCUGGAGCACGUGUCCUGGUCCAUGGUCCCAAUGAACCAGCCUUUAUGGAUGAGGGUGGGUUUAACAUCCGGCCUGGUGUGGAGACCUCUAUUGGCAUGAGAAAAGAAACAAUAAGUCGUCUUGGUGGGGACUACAGCGACUGCACCGAAGAUGGCAGUGACAUCGAUGUGAAGAACUUAUUCAACAGCGAAUACACGCAGCAGGUCUGUGUACGUUCCUGCUUUCAGGCCAUCAUGGUGGAGCGCUGCGGUUGUGCUUACGUCUUUUAUCCCCUUCCUGAUGGAGCAGAGUACUGUGAUUACGACAAGCAGAAGAGCUGGGGUCAUUGUUACUACAAACUGGAUAAAGAAUUCAGUUCUGAUGAUCUAGGAUGCUUUACCAAGUGCCGGAAACCAUGCCAACUGACAAAUUAUCGACUUAAUGCUGGAUAUUCCCGUUGGCCAACCAAAGUCAGUGAGAACUGGGUGCUUCAAACACUGUCGAACUCCAAUGCAACCAAGAGGGAUGGAGCCGCCAAGCUUAACAUUUACUAUGAAGAAAUGAACUACAAAAGCAUUGAGGAAUCUGCAACCCUUAAUAUGGUAAUGCUUUUAUCCUUGAUGGGAAGCCAGUGGAGUCUUUGGUUCGGCUCUUCAGUCCUUUCGGUGGUGGAGAUGAUGGAGUUGGUCUUUGAUGUCAUCGCCAUUGGCUCGAUCAUCCUUGCUCAUCGUUACUUCACCCAAAGUAACAGGUCCGUGGAAGAGACAGAAGGAGUGCCGACACCCGACCCCUACUAUGGACAUAUGGAACGGCAAAGCACCCAGAUGCCGCACAAUGUCCCCUCACACAGCCAAAUGAGAGUCGUAGCUGAUAUCACUCCUCCACCGACCUACGAUAGCCUCGACCUUAGGUCUGUGGGAGGAGAAUCAUCUCGUAAUUCCAGCCUUCGUAGUCAUGGUUCCUAUGUUAGAGAGGCUGCAUGGAGGGAUGAAUAAGACAAGAUAAGAACAAGAUGGUAGAAAUAGAAUCGAAUCAGUCUAUAAAAGAGCGGGGGAAGUGGAGAACCAAGGUUAUUAGGACGUGGGAAAUUAUAGUGACAGUGACCACACUUCUACAGCUUGACCUCAUUUAUCUUUGUGUUCAUCAAUUUGAUUAAAACAAAUUUCAUGUUAAAAUGUUCAUUGCCUGCCAGUAAACUGAAGAUGAUUAAAAAAAAGCACAAAGCUGAGCAGCCAAGUAUGGAAAGCAGGGUUGAGAGUUGUAUAAAAUGUAUUUUUGUGGGAACUAAAAGUAAAUUUACUGCAUUAUCUUAAAGGGAGUAAAUCAAUCUGAAAAACAUUAUUUAAUAAUAAAAUAAAAUAAUUAUUUUAUUCAAAAA